AUGAAGACAGCCGCCCUCCAGGUGUCCAUAUCCCUCAGCAAAGUAGAGUUAAGCGUUGGAGAAUCCAAGUUCUUCAUCUGCACAGCGAUCGGCGAGCCAGUGAGGCUGGAGUGGUUCAACCCCCAGGGCGAGCGCAUCAUGCCCUCCAAGCGGGUGGCGCUCCAGUCAGAGGCGUCACGCUCCAAACUCAUCAUUUACAACGCCAUCAUCGAGGACGCGGGCAUCUACCGCUGCCAGGCCACCGACACCAGCGGCCAAAGCCAGGAGGCCACCGUGGUGCUGGAGAUCUACCAGAGGCUGACGUUCAGGGACGUACAGUCGCCACAGGAGUUUCGCCACGGUGAGACGGCGGAGGUGGUGUGUGAUGUCAUCAGCUCACCGGUGCCAGUUGUGGUGUGGUACUACCAGGACAAGGAGAUCACUGAAGAGCGCCGUAGCAGGUACCAGGUGAUGCCUAAUAACAACCUACAGAUCCAUCAGGUGACUAAGGCCGAUGAGGGCGUGUACCGAUGUGAGGCCAGCGUGGAGGCCCGCGGUGAAAUCGAUUUUGUGGAUAUCGCCGUGGUGGUGAACGUUCCCCCGGUGUUGUCGCUGCCCCAGCAGUCCUUCAAUGCCACCGCCGACUACCAGGAACUGGUCACCUUCACUUGCAUCACAACUGGAUCCCCCAACCCUGACGUCACCUGGCACAGGAAGGGGCAGCAGCUGGACCAGUCGGAGCAGUACAUUUUCAACAGCCUGGAAGGAGGUCGGAGCACCCUCACCAUCCGCAACAUCCGGCAGGGCGACGGAGGCGCCUACUCCUGCCGGGCCACCAACAAAGCUGGAUCUCAGGAGAAGGAGCUCUUCCUCAAAGUGUUUGUCCAGCCUCACAUCACCCAGCUGAGGAACGUGACGGCGGUGGAGGGCAGUGCCGCCAUGAUCUCCUGUGUGGCCGAGGGCGAGCCUCUGCCCGAAAUCUCCUGGAGGAGAGCCGGCGAUGGGCAGAUCUUCGUUGAUGGAGACCAGAGCAAAGACGGGCGCUUCGAAGUUCGCGGACGUCACGGCAAAUCGAUGUUGACCAUCAGCGGCGUGAAGCUGGCCGACCUGGGUCGCUUCGACUGCGAGGCCCUCAGCAGGAUCGGAGGCCAUCAGAAGAGCAUGUUCCUGGACAUUGAGUACAUGCCCAAGUUCCUGACCAACCACACCAUCUUUUACUCGUGGGAGGGAAACCCCGUGAACAUCAGCUGUGAUGUGAUGUCCAACCCUCCAGCCACCAUGCUGUGGAGGAGAGAGCGCUUCACUAUCUCGGCGGAGGGCACCGCUAACACCCGGGUAUACAGCGCAGAGGGCAGGUCCCUGCUGGAGGUGACGCCGAUGUCCGACAGGGACUUCGGACGCUACAAUUGCACGGCAAGAAACAACAUUGGCGUACGGUACCAGGAGUUCAUCUUAGCACAGGCAGAUGUGCCGUCGAACCCAUACUCGGUGCGUCUGUCGGCUGUCUCCCAGCGGUUGGCCACUGUAACUUUCAUGAAGCCCGACUCCCACGGUGGCGUGCCCAUUGGCCACUAUCUGGUUCAGUACAAAGAAGUGGGCUCGCAAGACUGGAGGGACGUCAAGUCGCACAGUGUCCAGACAACGGUGGUGCUGACGGGAUUGGAGCCCAACACAACGUACGAGGUCCGAGUGGCAGCCGUGAACGGAAAGGGUCAAGGAGAGUUCAGCCACACGGAGACCUUCCAGACAUUACCUAUCCGAGAGCCCAGCCCGCCAGCAGUUCAUGGACAGAGGGGAAUGGGCAAGGCUUACCGACUUGGGCUAGUCAAGCAGGACGAUGGAGGAAUGCCCAUCGUGGAGUACAUUGUCAAGUACAAGACCGAUAAAGAAGAACAGUGGAUGACCAAGUUGGUUCCAGGAGCUAAUGAUUUCGCCAUGCUUCAGCCCCUCCAGUGGAACACGCGCUACGAAGUGGAAAUCACGGCACGCAACGUCAAAGGCCUGUCAGAGCCCACCUUCUACCAGUUCUUCAUGCCCCAGAAACCCGACAUCACAGCAGAAUCCCUGUUCAACGGCCUGGGGCUGGGGGCCGUGGUGGGCCUGGGGCUGGGCGCCUUGCUGCUGCUGGUGGUGCUGGUGGACGUCAGCUGCUUCUUCCUGCGUCAGUGCGGUCUGCUGAUGUGCAUCACCCGCACGCUGUGCAGCAAAAAAACAGCCACAAGCGGCAAAGGCAAAGAAAUGGAGGAGGGCAAGGCCGCCUACCUGAAGCUACCACUGAAGGAAGAAAAUGGGAAAGAGACUCUCAAGCCAGACACGAUCGAAAUUAAAGUGCACAGCGACAACAGCAUCCACACAAAGCCAGACGACAGCAAAGCGUAA